AAAAAGCAAUCGAAGAAGAAGAAGUACGCAGCACGCAUCGUUGGCGUGUUCUUCACACUGGCCGCUGGGGGCGGUGUGUCGUCUCUGCUCAUUUCGGAUAGCGGUGGCUAAUUAGCAUGUAACAAUGGCCACACAACCUCACACAACGACAAGUCAAACCGCAUUUACCCCCUCGUUGAGCCGUAAAAACGAUGGUGGUCCGUGCAGUAAAUUUUGGGAAUGCCCGGACAAAAUCUCUCAGCUGGAAACGGUCCGCAGUUGGAUCGGAAAGCAUUAUAAAAAGUAUGUUCAGGCUGAUGCUCCAUCCGGUAAGUCUCUAUCUGGGCUGGUCGUCCAACUGCUGCAGUUUCAAGAGGACUCUUUUGGCCGCAGAGCAAAUAACCCCGGCUUCACGAAACUUCCUGCAAAGUGUUUUCUGGACCUGAGGCCCAGUGGUGCCCUCUGUCAUAUUCUGGGAUCAGUUUACAAGUUUAAGACUGAACAGGGCUGGAGACGCUUUGAUCUACAGAACCCAUCUAGAGUGGAUCGUAAUGUUGAGAUGUUCAUCUCCAUCGAGAAUACUCUGAUACAGAAUAAUUUAUUAAGCAGACCUGUAGUGUACCUGUCCUCUGAUUUGGAACAAAAGCAAAUCCUCAAACUCAAAGACAUUGUCCUGCGACAUAAGGGCACAGUUACAGAGGAGCGGCUGCAAGCCACCCACCAAAUAUACCCGUCUCCCUCAAGCAUAGAUGAAGAGGAAUGGUUUAGACCAAUCAUGCGAUUAGAUCGGCAGUUGAUGGUGCACUGGGGCAUGUGUCCAGACAGUUAUGACUCCAUUUUGUCAGCAAGCGAUGUAGAUGGAGAAGUGGAAGAACCUCCAAACCCAGACAGAUGCUGGAAGGUUCAUGCCAGAUGGCUUCUAGACACUGACACAUUUAAUGAGUGGAUGAAUGAAGAAGACUAUGCGAUAGAUGAGAAUGGGAAUAGUGUAAAUUUCCGGCGGCGUAUCUACCAUGUCGAGGAGAAGGAACAGAAAUUUUGGAAGAAGCGGCGGCGCUCCCCAUCUCCAUCUUCCUCCGAGUCGAGGAAAAAGGGAGUAAAGAAAGGCUCGUAUAAGAGACGUGGCCAGACAGAUGAGGCAGAGCCGGAAGAGGACCUCACUAAAGACCUGGAGGAUCCAACACCUGUUCCUAACAUGGAAGAGGUCAUACUGCCUAAAAAUGUGAACCUGAAGAAAGACAGUGAAAAUACUCCAGUUAAAGGAGGGAUUAUGGCAGAUUUGGAUGACCAGGAAGAGGAUCUCUUAUCUGGUGUCAGAGAUGAGGAGGAACCGAGAGAGUUUAGCCGUGGGAUGGAGGGGGAGGAAAGUGCCACAGAACAAAUCCAUCACAUUAUUGUGCCCACCUAUGCCUCCUGGUUUGACUACAACUGCAUUCACAAAAUAGAGAGGCGAGCACUGCCUGAAUUCUUCAAUGGGAAAAAUAAAUCCAAAACACCAGAAAUUUAUCUUGCUUACCGUAACUUCAUGAUUGACACGUACCGACUAAACCCUCAAGAGUAUCUGACCUCAGCAUCCAGCAGAAGAAACCUGACUGGAGAUGUUUGUGCACUUAUAAGAGUUCAUUCGUUUUUGGAGCAGUGGGGGUUGAUAAAUUAUCAGGUAGAUGCAGAGAGUCGACCCCUCCCUAUGGGCCCGCCCCCAACUCCACACUUCAAUGUUCUUACAGACACUCCUUCAGGACUUGUACCGCUGCAGCACAGACCCUUACAGGUAUCAGCAUCCCAGCAUAUGUUGCAUUUCCCAGAGAAGUCAUUAGAAAAGCCGUCUGACCUGCAGAAUUUUGGUCUGCGCAUUGACAUUUAUGCCAGGAAGCAUCCUAAGAGUAAAGGAGCAAGUGCAGGAAGAGAAUGGACUGAACAGGAAACACUGUUGCUAUUGGAGGCUUUAGAGAUGUAUAAUGACGACUGGAAUAAAGUGUCAGAACAUGUAGGCAGCCGUACACAAGACGACUGUAUUCUUCAUUUCCUCCGGUUGCCCAUAGAGGACCCGUACCUGGAGAACUCCGAAGCCUCAAUGGGCCCUCUUGCCUAUCAGCCUGUCCCCUUCAGCCAAUCAGGAAACCCCGUAAUGAGCACCGUUGCUUUCCUGGCCUCUGUGGUUGACCCUCGAGUGGCCUCUGCGGCUGCCAAGGCAGCUUUGGAGGAGUUCUCGAGAGUAAGAGAGGAAGCCCCGAUUGAGCUAUUCACUGUUGGCUUUCAGAAGACACAGAGAGUGGGGCAUAAUUUAGAUUCGACCUUUACACUGCAAUCAGGUGGAAUCGCAGGACUUGAUCCCGAUCUAUCAGAAAAGACUGAUGGAACUGAUUUAGAAAAAAUGAACAUCGAAUCGGAGCAGCACAACAAGCCUGGUAUUGACAGCGUCUUGGUAGAGGGAGAACGUGUGAAAAACGAGGAGAAAGAGGAGAGUGAAGGUGAGAGAGGAGAAGAGAGCGCAGCAGAGGAGAGUUUUGAUAUGGGCCAUGGGGAGGGGCAAGACUUUAGAAGGAGUGCGGAGCUUGAACUGGUUGAGGCAAACAUUACCACAGCAGCAGCUGUAGCAUUGGCCUCUGCAGCUACCAAAGCAAAGCACUUGGCUGCGGUAGAAGAAAGGAAGAUUAAGUCUCUGGUGGCUCUGCUGGUUGAAACUCAGAUGAAAAAGAUGGAGAUCAAACUGAGACACUUUGAAGAGCUAGAGACCAUUAUGGAUCGAGAAAAAGAGGCUUUGGAGCAGCAGAGACAACAGUUAUUGUCUGAGAGGCAAAACUUUCACAUGGAGCAAGUGAAAUGUGCGGAAAUAAAGGCACGGCAGCAAGUAGAGCAACAGCAAGCAGGUCGUUCAGUGGGCAGCGCUGGCACCGGCCAGAUGAUGGGUGCCCGACACCCUGGAGCUCCUAACGGCAUGUACCAAACUCCACCAUCCUCGCAGGGUGAUGGGGCAGCACCCAUGUGAUGCCCACCGAUGAAGUUACAUCACAACAACUACAAGACACAUUCACCUCUACAGUAAUACUUGUUUUGUGUAUAUUUAAUAUUUUUAAGCAUUUAUGACGGCGUUUAAAGGUGAGAUUUGAGGCUUUUAUUGCCAUAUCUGUCUGUACCUAAUGUUUGUAGAUCUGUUUUUGUAUUACCACCGAGCACCAAAACAUUUGUGACUGAAUAAACCUUUUAUACAAACCAA